AUGUCUUACGCCCCAACACAAAGGCCUGUAACUGCACGGGCUUCUACAUCUUCAGAUAUGUCCAACCUCCAUGUUCCCCCACAGUUGCACCGACAUCGGAAGACUGUUUCUACUGGUGGAGGCCGAGCUUGGUCAGAAGCAGAGGAAGCAUACCUAAUCGAAACGCGAGAGCGGAAGAUGCCCUACAAGCAUAUUGCUGCUCAGCUCAAGAAGACUGAGCUAGCUUGCCGAUUGCAUUAUCACCAGCUUUCCUUUGGUAACAAAAGCCGAAGGACAGCCUACUCCGCCUCAGUGCACUCUAUGGAUCGAUCGUCUAUGACACCACCGACUAUGAGACAACCUACUCCCCAAAGGCCGUUACCAUCAUUCUCUCCACCAGCAAGCCCCGAGAACCGAGACUACACUCUGCAUAACCCAAUUGACAACAGCCUUCAUAAGCCCAUUCUUCCAAAGCCGAUAGUUUCUCCAGAACGCGCAGGUCAAGACAGUCGAGCUCUCCGCCUAGUCACUGACGACAUCAAAGACCGGCACUAUGUGGAUAUUCCCCGCCUUGACAAAGUCUACGACAGCCACCGACUCCAUUUUUGGUCUCGCAUUGCCAGCGAAUACGGUGGAAAUCUCUCACCAGCAACCCUUGAAGAGGCCUGGCGCCGCGCUCAUGGCAUCUCUGGAUCAAACUUCCCCCCAACUCCUCGAGGAAGUCCGCAAAGCUCGCAAGCUCAGCCGUCCAUCUUGACUACGCCGUUCAGCGCUGUGACAGACCCAGGCAACGGCUUCAGGGCGGUCAAUCAGCGUCGCGAGAGCUCGCAGCCACCGCCACGAUCCAGCUAUCCGCCUCCUUCUGCAGUGUCAAAGCAGAGUUCCUUUGCAAUCUCCAGCCUUCUGACAGACAACAAAGAAGUCAGAAGCCCAAGUCGAGAGAGAAAGCUCGAGGAAUUGCAGCCUGUAGAGCCGAACGUCCAUUCAGCAUCAAGCGCGAGUCCCCUGACCGAAAUUCCUGCUACUGCGUGA